AAAACAGCUGAUGUUUAUUUCUUUUGUGAGAAAAAGCGCCAAAUGUAUUGAGCGUUUCUCCUUCAAUCGUCUCAUCAAUUUAAUCUUUUUUUUUAAAUUUCUAAUUAAAUUGUUACCAAUUAAUUCACAAUUGAAAGUAUUCCAAGUGUCACAACAAUCUAAACCUUAAAGUUAUUAAGUAAUUUUCUGUUUCCUUUCAUGUUCAACUUGUAGUGGUUGUAGUCUAGGAAAAUAAAAGGAAAAAUGGACUUCUGUGAAUUCCUUGCCGAGGAAGAGCUUAUUGAGAUCAUACCUAAUUUCAAGUUCAACAAACAAUUAAAUUUAAUUUCUGGAGAUUUUGGACCAUUUGAACCUAAUGUACCAGUUAAGGUUCCUAUUUGGAUGGCCUUAAAUUUACACCAACAACAUAAGUGUUCCCUUAAAUUACCAAGUUGGAUUAAGAAACUAAUUGAUUUACAAGAGCAACAAGAAGUAGCUGAUCGGAUGCUCGAGAUGCCCUCAGAAUAUUACAGAGAGAUUAUUAAAUUGUUACAACAACAUGUCCCCUCUAUUCCUGAUUGUGCUGAUUUAAUUGAACGACGAGAAGCAUUUCUCAAGACUUCAAUUGCUUCCCUAUUUCAACAUGUCUAUGAAGAGUAUAAGGACAAUCUCGCAGUUUCAACGGUUACACUUCACAAUGUAACGAAAGCUGAACUUUAUUUGAUCAAGAAUUUCGUUCAAAAAGCUUUCACCCUUUUCCAACAACUACGAACCACCGCAGCAUCGAUAAAACAUUAAAUUGCUGGAUCAAUUUUACUCUCA